UCAGGGUUCAUUACGUGAAUACAACAUGGACGAUCUUGAAUUAGAUCAAGUCACACAGGUGAUAGGUUAUCAUCCAAAAUUUCUCGAUCAUUUUCUACGAACUCAAGAUUUUAUUAUGAACCGUGAUGGACCAUUGCCAUAUGAGUAUAGAUACUAUUUGGCUAUAAUUGCGGCCGCACGUCACCAAUGCGUAUAUUUAGUCAAAAUGUAUGAAAAGGAAUUCCUUAACCAAGGAGGUCAACCUGAAUGGUUGAAUGGAUUGGAUUGUAUUCCAUCGAAAUUAUAUGCUAUCUACGAGAUAAAUAAAAUAUUAGCACAUAGACCAUGGCUGUUGCGCAAGGAGCUAAUAGAACGUUUGACAAAGGGUAAAAAUAGUUGGUCAUUGUCAGAGGUCGUUCAUGCUAUGGUGUUACUCUCACAUUUUCAUUCAUUAUCAUCCUUUGUAUUUUCUUGCGGCUUAACACAAAAGCUAGACGGCCUUUCUAGUCCCAAAUUGAAGUCGUCACCUGCUAUAUUGCCUUUUCCUACAUUAAACCAAAUACCAGAUAUGCAGCAACAACAUUUACAAAUGCAACAGUUACAAAUGCAACAGCAGCAACAACAAAAAGCUGUUUUAAGUGAAAUUACUUUGAAUAAUAAAAAUCUUGAUGAUCACAGCAGUUAUGAAAUUCACAAUAAUUCAGCGAGCGGAAAUAUUGUGAACGUAAUUGGUGUGUGCCUAAAAGCCACGACACCGCUACCACUUCAAUUCUCCUUGGCCCCUGUGCAAAGUGUUGUUGAGGCGAUAAUGGAGCGUAUGAAAGUGCUUUCCGAAAAACAGGAUGAAUGUAGCGAAGCAGAAUUAAGUAAUCGUUUUAAGAACGUUGAAAUGCAGACUGCUGAACUACCAGCUGCUGCACCGGAAACUGCUGUCGAAGUGCCACAAAAUAUAUCCCAUUAUAUAAAAGAUCCGACAUUUACCUAUCAAGACUUUGCUCGAAGAGGUGCUGAAAAUAUUCCAAAUACUUUUCGUAUACAAGAUUACUCAUGGGACGAUCAUGGCUAUUCACUUGUAAAUGAUUUAUAUGGUGAUGUUGGCACACUUUUAGACCAAAAAUUUCGUGCCGCGUAUAAUUUAACAUACUUCACUAUGGCUGGCAUUAAAAAUGUAGACACAUCAAAAUUUCGGCGAGCCAUAUGGAAUUACAUACAGUGCAUAUUCGGAAUUCGACAUGAUGAUUACGACUAUGGCGAAGUGAAUCAACUUCUAGAUCGGCCUUUAAAAAUGUUUAUAAAAACAGCUUGUUGCUUUCCCGAAAGGAUAACUACAAAAGAUUAUGACAGUAUACUUGUGGAAUUGCAAGAUAGUGAAAAGGUGCACAUUAAUUUGAUGAUAAUGGAAGCCAGAAACCAAGCGGAAUUGUUAUAUGCCUCGCGUGAAAUUAUGCGCUAUAGGACAUGAUCUCAUUAAAAAUUAUUUAAUUUUAUAAAAAAAGUUUUCGAAAAAUA